AUCCCGCUACCGAGCGAGCCUCCGUUCAGCUAUCCAACCAAUUGCUUUGUUUUUGUCAUGUGAUAACGCCUUCCAAAAAUACAUUGGGAUAACCUCGUGCUGAAUCGGCAGAUUAUAGGUCCUACUUAGUUACUGAUUUUGCAGAAAGUAGAUCAAAAUAUGGCUGAAGAAAAGACCAAACUUACCAGAGAUGGAACAAUGCAAGUGACUGCAAAGGAAGGAAUAGAUUAUUUAGAAUCCUCAGGGAAGGAAACUUUAUUAGUAAUGUCCGGUUUGAAAGACCCAGAGCCAGAACCACCUGCAAAGAAAACAAAAUUGGCUAAAGGAACAACUAUGGUUGGAACAGCAAAGGAGGCUGAUAGGUUACUUGGUGACAAUCGACCAGAUGCUGAUGCCAUGACAAGAGGUCAACAAAAACAGAUUGAUGCAAUCAGUAAAGAGGCCCCAUCCACCCCAAAGAAAGCUAAACUGGCCAAGGCAGGCACAAUGGCUGUCACUGCUAAGGAAGGAACUGACUUAUUAGGAAAAGAGAAACUUGGAGACACAAGACAGGAAACAAAAAGGAAGGCCCCUGCAGCCAAACCAGCCAUGAAAAAAACAACCACCAUGGAAAAAACAAUAGCUGAAGCUGCAUGGACAGUACCUGAUAUUAAUGUAGAUGAAGGAAGAAAAACGAGAUCUCAGGCAAGUGGGGCUGCUAAACCUGCCAUUAAGCGUGAUGGAACCAUGCAGAAAACCGCCAAGGAAGGAAAAGCGUUUGUAAAGGCAGGAAAAAAAUCAAAGAAAUAAAUGCAUUUUUUUGUCAGACAUGAGUAAAUGUACAUUUUGUAUUUAUAUUCUGUACCCAUACAGUUUUGUAUCUGACGUUAAAAUAUUUUUCCUUCAUUUUGUAAAAAUAUUCAGAACGCAUGUACUCUGUAAGAAUAAAAUAGUUCUUUGUUUCUUUAAAUUUUUUUAAUGAAAAUGCUUUGACAAUGAAGUCCUUCCCAAAAAUCAUGUAUGAAAUUAUGGAACAGUGAAUGAUUUUAUGUAAGAUUGAAUUUUUAUCUAAGUCAACCUUAUAAUAACUUUUGAGAACCCAUGGCAUUUGCAUGGGUGGCCACAAUUGUAAGAAGCCAUAGAUAGCCAUUUAAAGAAACAAAGAAUUGUUCUACUUAUUAACCUGUUCUCAAUUGUUGUCGUCUGCUUCUGACAUAGUAUAUCAGUAUAAUGUUGUUUCACCUGUAUGUAGAUAUAAAUGAAAGGCAGCAAUACAUCCUCAUUGUCAUGGAGUGCCUGAUGUUCACUUCCAUACAUCGUAUCUUAUUGUAACUAUUUUUAGUUUUAGUCCAGCUGGUUUUGUUUAUCACUGCUGGGUAGUAAAAGAACUGUUUCAGAAUUUAAAGGAUUAUGGGUAAUUUCAUUGUUAGUUCCCAAAUUUGAAAAUGAUGUCAAGUCAUUGGUUGAUUUCCAUUUUUGCAGGACAUUGUCAGAAAAUCACAGGGUUUGGUGUAAGCUUUUGAAAAUAUAACCCAGAAUGCAUUAGAUUCUAAAAUGGCAAAUUGACACAUACUCUUCAUUUACACAAUUUAUCAGGAAAUCCCAUCGUUUCAUGUAUUUAAUGUCAACCACUGUUAUGCAGUUUGUAUGCUUGUGUAUAAAUAAUUUUGAAGACAAAUUUUUUGAAAAAUAAUGAAUUUGAUAAAAAAUGACUGUUUGAACAAUGAUUUCAUUGUAAGAGUGGAGAAUUUUGACAACUGACAAAUGAACUACAUGUAUUUUGCAACAUAUUUACAUUUUUGUUAAUGCUUUUUACUAUUACAUAUGUUAAAGUUCUAUAAUUAAGAGUUGUGCUUUUUUAUUUCAUUUACCGCAAAUAUUUUAAAGAUUUUUUUAUAUAUUCCUAACAGCUAUAUACAGUUUUUGAGUAAAACCAGAUUUUUGAAAUGAUGGGGGGGAUUCUAAUAUAUUUUUCCAAUAAAAAAGAUGAAUAGAACACUGUAAAAUUACUUCAUAAAGCGGAUUAGCUACCAUUUAGAUUGAAUACUUUACAUGUUUAAGUUGAUGAAAAUGGAAUGAUUUUCCCAAGAUAUAGUUAGAUUCUCUGACAAAUUGAAAGGUUUCUUACAUUUCUAUAAAAUUCUGGUAUGCAUUGCGUAUGUAAUUAAUGUCAAUUUUAAGAAUCUUCUGUAAAAGCAUUUGUAAUUGUAUGGGAACAGCUGUAAAACAUUGUCUAUAUUAAAUAUAUAUGCAGCCAAGUCACAUUGAAGUAAAUAUUGAGAUGAUUUCAUGAGGAAAAAAAUGAUUUUAAAUUUAUAUAAUUAAAUGUUUUUAAAUCAGUUGUAUGUAACAGUAGCAGAUUUAUCACUAUAAAUAUAUCAUGAUUCACAUUUUAUUUCACUUCAAAUGUACUAUGAUUCACAUUUUUAUUUCACUACAAAUGUACCAUGAUUCACAUUUUUAUUCUACAACAAAUGUAUCAUGAUUCACAUUUUAUUUCACUACAAAUGUACCAUGAUUCACAUUUUUAUUAUACUACAAAUGUAUUAUGAUUCACAUUUUUAUUUCAUUACAUAUGUACCAUGAUUACAUUUGAUCAAAACAUAAUGGCAGUAUCUAUUAAUAAAUGGUACAUAAAUGUAGAGUAAUUCAUCAGAUUACAUGUGAAAUUAUUUGUGUUUGACUUUUUGUUGAAACCUUUUUACUUCUUCUGUUUGUUUUUGGUCUUGUUAUGUGUUCAAGAGAAACAUAUCACAGUUUAUGUUUCUUUUUUUUACCUUCGAUAUCUGAACAAAUAUAAUUUUACAGAAAUUUUAUAUUGACCUUUUACAAAUUUUAUUUUGUUGAAAGCAUUUUUAAAGUUGUGUAUUCUUUUUCAUGUUGAGCAUGUUAAAUUUCACAAAAAAAAAUAUUUGCUCAGUUUUUGCUAGAAAAGAAAGGGCCAUUUUGAAAAAAACGACGGUGUGAAAAUAGUAAUUUUCAAGAUAUUGACAAUCUUGUUGGGACUAUUCUAUUAAAAUUGAAACAAUUUACUUUUUAACAACAUACUUUCUAUAGGCAACUUUUGAUACAUCCAUUUGACAUACAAUCAUUCGUUGUCCACAAUGUCCAAAAACAAAAAAAAUAUUUUAAUUGAAUAGUCCUGACUUGUUACCAUGAAAUUUUUAGAAUUUAAUUUAAUUAUAUAAUUUUAUUUAAGUGUGAUAUGUUUACCUGUGAUUUUGUAGAUGCAAUGUUAUUUGAAUAAAAGGAAGAUUUAUAGUUUUA